UCACGUCUGUAGUUUAGUCUACGUCAGACGUUGUGCGGGCGAACUGAAUUCACAGAGACGUAAAAUUAUCCCUCAGGAAGUUAUUAGAAUUAGAUGCUUUUAGUGCUCGUGACGAUAGCCAGUUUGUUGUGAACUACAGCUGUCUGGUGGUGAGUAAAAGUACUAGAGCUCGCGUUAGAAGAAGAGGGAGGGGCUGGUCGAACUUGCAGAAAGGGGGUGUGUCAUGAAUGCGCUGGUCGUCCUUGGCCUUGUGGUUUUAGGGCUGCUGGGUGGAGCAUUGGCCCAGCCAAACGUCGAUGAAGGCGCACAGAUGUGGACUAAUCCUUGUCUUCAUUACAAGUAGCUAUAUAUAUGGCUGGUCCUAUUGGCCUGCUUGUGUGAAUCUGGCAUGAGCUUUGGUCCUGUGUAUAUAUGUACAGGUGUCCAGGUGACCGUGAGUGUGUGACAGUUGCCAACGAUCUUCUCCAGCUACCAGUGCCACACUGUGUGGAGAAAGAACAACAGCCUGAUGAUGAUGAUGAUGAGGGUUGCUGGAGGCGAGAUGUUGGAGUGAGCAUCGUCAGCUGUCGAACACAGAAGCAGUGGCAGGCAAUUGCCACUAGUACAUGUGGAUUCAACACUGGUGCCUCAGUAGAGGUGCGACAUUCAUGCCAUCGCAGAGAUUCCUCUUCUCCAUCCAUAUUUCUUCAGGCCACCAUUUCCUGCUGUCUGCUGCCAGUUUCCUCUAAAACUCCACCCAAUAGAACAGAGACCACACCCACUUCCCCAACGUACGAUAUUGUUUCUUCCUCCCUGGACAACAACAAUGCACAGGAUUAUGAUGAGGAUGAUGAGGAGAAUGAUGAUGAUCACAGAGUGGGGGUUGUUGUCAUAGUAACCCUGGGAAGCCUGGUGGUGGUGUCAGUAAUUGUCACUGGACUCAUAAAGUAUCUCUUUGACCAACGAAGGAAAAGGUCCACCCCCCACAAGCCUCGAGUUUCGUUUGUGACAUCAUAUGUAAACAUGAGCAGUGAGGGGUGGAAGGAGGAAGGUGGAAACAUGAAAUUAAUGGGAGAAGAGAAGUCUGACUUCUCAUAUGUGGUUGCCAAUGACAACCAUAUAUACUGAGCUGUGGGCACACAGGUGUGGGUAUGUACCAACUAAAACAGACUAGCAACAACAUACACAUGCACACUUUUAUGCUUGACAAUUAGGAUUUAGCACUAAUGUGUGCAAGGAUUUUCUAGUGGAAUGUUACGCUGCAGAAUUAUGCGCAUGCGCAUUAUAUCGACGAAGAGGGGGCGGAGCGCCAGGGAGUUGCAUCAUCCUACAGCGCUCGACUGGCGGGAGGGAGCCUCGAGGAGACGGGGAGGUUCAGAUGGCGAGACUGAGGUGCCGCUGUCUGAACGUAGUCCUCCAUUGUAAGGAGGAGAAGUGGGAGACGAGGCCCGUGCCUGGAGAGAGAGUCCUGGCUCCAGGCCACCGUCUCACAACUCUGACCCUCCACGAGGUAGAACAAGACCUCCAUGGACUCACAGCUGAACACGUGGUCCUCUUGCAAUCAGAGACGGUGGGUGACUGGACGAUUCAGAGCUGUGCAAACUGUGGCUGCGACGUUUGUGUUUCUCACUGCCAGAAGAACAGGACAUUGGUCUGUCCUGGACUCCUGUCCACAGAUCAAGAUGUAGCACAGGUCAAAGGUCACCUGCACUACUCCAGUGUGUUCAGGAUAGCUGUGAACCCUGACCUGGACUCUGAGGAGGAGGAGAUGGGAAGAGGGGCUAGACCAAGAGCUUCCUCCAUGAGUUUUGGAAGAGAUGACCCACUGAUAAGGCAGCUCCAUACCCAGGUGAGGCAGUACCUGGCGAGGGAAGAGGAAGAUAUGGAAGAGAGAAUUAGAGAAUUUGAGAGAAAAGAGAAAGAUACUUUUGCCAGACUUCAGCACAAGACCUUCACUCAGAGAACACUGCUCUUUGCAGCAAUAGACAAAGCAAGAAGAGGCGUGGCUAAAGAGGAUGGGGCCAGUCAGCCACACCCAUCUCCAAACUCCUCUCCUUUUCCUUCCAUUGAUAAUCAGAAGAGAGUGACAAUAACCCUCAGUGACCCAAGACCCACCCCCAACAAUAAACCGGUGGCAGACGAUGCUCUAUUCUCAUUGGACGGAUUUGACGAGGAGGUGGAAGAAGUGGACGGGGGAGAGAAAGGAGGUGUGGCUUUCCCUCAGAGUGACGAUGAAGAGAGUGGGACAGACGAUAGUUCCUAUAGAGACCUAUCAUCAGUCCAGAUAGCCUCAUCUGCUCCACUCUCUGUUCCUCUCUUCCAUUCACAGCCACAGGAUAUGAGAGAAGCGGGGGUGGCGGGAGGACCUGCUGACAUGGCCAGCUCCAUAAAGGCUCUGGCAUUGAGUGUCCAGAAUACUGGUGUCUUUGGAGACCUCCCACGACCUCGUGUCAACAGUGCCUCGCGAUACAAAUAGCCUUAUUUCCUUUAGGGUCAUCAUUUAUUAUCAUCGCUGGCUGCCCAUUAUAGCUGUACGUGGUGUGUUUAUCCACAAUCUAUUAUCAUUUCCAUCAACCGUGCUAUAUACUGCGCAACCUGACAACCCCCUGUCAUCCCCCACUCUUCUGGUGGCAGAUGAGGUGGAAAAACCCUGCUCAAUCCACAGCUCAAUCCACAACA